GUGCCACCACAGCUGGUCCCCAGCGCCCUCCGCAGGGUGUCCCAGCCGGGCUGGUGUCCCCAGGCAGCAGUGACAGUCCCUGUGUGGCCGCGGUCACCGCGCGUCACCGUGCCGGUUACCUGGAGACAGCACGGCGCUCCCGGCUUCCGCAGCGACGUCCUGCAGCCACCGGGUCCCUGUGGUGGCACCGUGGGGACAGCGGGCACCCCAGCAGCAUGCCGUCCACCCGUCCGUUUGUCUGUCCCCGCGCCAAGCUGCGCUCCCUGCCCUGGGGCUCGCCUGCCCUGGGGCUGGGCCCCUUCAGCGCGAAGCCACGUGCAGGGGACAGCGGGGACCUGAUGGAUUUCUACGCCACCACCUACGCCGUGGCUUACGGCCACCCCGGUUUCCGUCCCUUCCUCGGCCACCACGUGGGCGCUGGCUUCGUCUCCAACACCCGCUCCGAUGCCGCUGGCCUCAUCCGCCCGCGCAGCGCGGCAGGGGGCCCCUUCUGGGACACCACCAUGGCUGAGCACUUCCAGCCCCUCCUGCUCCCCGACGGCCGGAGCCUGCUGCCGCGGCAUGUCCACCAGCCGGGCAGCGGCUACGGCCGCGAGCAGCCCCUUCCUCACCUCCGUGCUGGGGCGGUGAGCCCCCCGCCCGCCUCCGGGGAGCAUGGUGCUGAUCCUGCCCAGACAGACGUCCUGCAGAGGACAACCAUCGGUGCCAAGGAGGAGACGGGCUUCACCAGGGCCACCCCAUUGAGCGGCGUCAUCCUGCCGGCAGCACCGGGCCAGCCCUCUCGGGGCCAGCACCACCACCACUGCACUACCUGCCCCCCCAUAGCGGCACGGGCGGCAGGGCGCUCCCGGUGCUGGCGCGGGGCUCCGACAGAGGCAGCGGCUUCAGCCGGGAGACCCCCCUGAGCGUGCCGGUCUCGCCCCGCUGCCCCCCGGUCCUGCUCGUCUCCCGGGGGCUGCAGGCCCCCCUGCCCAGCCCAGGCCCGUUUGCGGGGCCAGCAGAGCACCGGCAGGAUGGAGCCGUCGGGGUUCACCACCAACAACGGCUGUGCCGCGACCCCCCUGUGGACCCCGAGCCCCGCAGCACCAGCACAGCCCGGGCCCAGCCGCACGGCGCGGCCCUGGGGGGGCGUCCAGGCCCCGCGGCACAGCGGCUUCGGCACCAGCAACCUGCGCACGGCGCUGGGGGGCGGCGGCGGCACCGGGCUCACGGCCCCCACCCCGUAAAAAAAGGCUGGGGAGGGGCAUUAAAGGAGAGGGGGCCGAGGGGGCGUGGCUUCGAGAUCGGGGGCGUGGUCAAAGGGGGAGGGGGCGUGGUCUGAG